AUGUACAAACUUGAUUCCCAUUCGCAAGACAAUUCCUAUACUUUUGGAGACUAUGAUUUACCUCGCAAUCGACAACAAAGGCUGAAUUGUAGUAUCCAAUCAAAUCAAAUUUAUUCUGCUCUUAUGGUUAUUCUCAAUGGAUUCAGCAGGUCUGUAAACCAACUACCUCGCAUUUCUCUGAGAACUAAUGUCCUAAAUACGCGUGCUCACUUAUUUGAAGUAUUCUUUCGACGAGUUGCACUUGGUUACAUUCGUGUGUUUCCUUUGACUGCUCGUCGCAUCAUCGAAUUCGGGUUUCUGGUACAGGCUGUUUUCGUACUAGUUGUAUUCAUACAUCUUCACGUAACAUUUGUAAAAUCUCCAGUAACGUGCUUGGAUCAUUUGCGUAGUGAAUUUGAAAGCAUAAAGUCUGGUUCAGGUGUAUCUUUUACCUCCAUAACUAUGGAUGCCAAUUAUUUGUCAAAAGGUAAUGGAUCAGAUUCUUUUUUACGACGUUCAUGGCCUAACUAUGGUGUUUUACGUAUUGAAGUCAUCCGUUCUCCUGAUCCGUUCUAUUCUCUCGAAGACUCAUAUGCGAAAGAGUUUUACGGUACUGAAACUGAUUAUCGUUUUGAAGCCAAAAAUGAAAAGACACCACAGGUUAACGAGUUGGAUAAACAUAUUGCCUAUAUUCCCAAAAAUUCAAAGUAUUCACUAGCUUAUUUUGCCGAGAAUAUCAUCCCCGAACAUCAGGACUUCUGGAAUUCACUUUUAUCUUUGCCAUUCAUUGCAUAUGGGUCGAUCAAAGAAAAUUUCAACCACUUUUUAAAUUACUUAUACGCUAGUAAUCGAGAGCGAACAUUCUCUUUUAAAGAGAAUGAGGAAAAUAUGUCUCCAUAUAACGCAAUUAUAACCACCAGGAAUAAACUCAGUCAGUUGUUGCCUGAAGUGAACCGGUUAUUAUUCGACUUCUUUGCUGGUAUCGUUGAUUUUAUUUACGACAUUCCUAUUCGUAUAUAUGCCUCGUCAGGUCCUGCACUAAACACAAAUGAGAGCUACAUAAUUGAAUACGCCUUGGAGUAUGGCUUUCUUCGUCUCUCACCGCGGGCCCGAAAUCGGCUUAACGUAACUGUAAAAUUAAUUGUUCUUGACCCGGAAACAAACCCUUGCUUCGGCAGUAAACUCAGUCGUUUCCUCAUGGAAGAGUUUCUCGGUUAUGAAGACCUUUUGAUUGGUAGUGUGAAGUACUUAUCGGCUAGCGAAGGAUUGAAAGGUUAUGUGGUAAACGUAAUGAGCGGACAACAUUAUAAGCUCGUUAUUUCGCAGAUGUCCAGGUCGUCCUACUUUGCUGCUGCUCUGAUCAUGUUACUAUUUACAUUUUGUAUAUCCGUUCUGUUAAGAUAUUCAAGUCAACAGCUUGUGGUUGUAAUAGCUGAUAUUCUCCAAAUGUUUGAAACGAAUACCUCGUUUGGGAUUCCUGUUGCCCCAUUUAUGACAGUGAUUCUUGCUCUUGUUGCCAUGGAAACUAUCAUGUCUGAAUUUUUUGGAGAUUCAAUCACUGCGUUUUAUGUUAUUCUCAUUAUAAGCGUUUGUGAUCACUAUGAAGCUGUAUUUUGUCGUACUGAAUUAAGCAAAAGAUAUUGGCCAAGGUACUUCUACUUGUAUCAUUUUGGAUUUUAUGCCUACCAUUAUCGUUUCAAUGGGCAAUUCAGUGGUGUUGCUCUUUGGGUUUCCUGGCUGUUUAUAUUGCAUUCAAUGAUUUAUUUCUUCCAUCAUUACGAAUUACCUAACCUGCUUAGUGAUUGGGAAUUCCGUGAAUUCGUUUCUAAUAAUCAACUUGUAGGUCAAAUUCAGCUACAAGUUUCCACACCAUCAUUAUCUGUCCGGAAUAGUCAGGAUGCUUCCAGCUUAAACCAUUCUAUCAACUCUCAUGAACGAACAGAGUCGUUAGGUGACUUAACAACUACUGUUGGGGAUUCAGACAAUCUCGAGUUAAAUGAAUUGUCUAACAAUAUUUUCACUGUUACAAGUUCAGUACCUACUUUUAGUGGGAUUUCCGAUGAAAUCGAAGCUAAUCGAAGUGAUUUACUUUCUAAUAAUACUGCAUUAGCUGAUUCUCCCACAACUUCUGCUAAUUUAAAUCACCUAGAAUAA